CCUGGUCCGAGCUACCUAGCCGCCACUCGUGGCUCCUUGGCGCUGGUCGGCGGGACGGCGGCUGUAAGCGGCGCAGGUCUGGAGGUGUAGCUGGAGAAGGGGAGGGUGACAGACACGGGUCUGGAGGUCUAGCUGGAGUAGGGGAGCUAGUAAGACAGAGAGAGAGGUCUGGAGGUGUAGCUGGGGAAAGGGGAGGGUGACAGACAGAGGUCUGGAGGUGUAGCUGGAGAAGGGGAGGGUGACAGACACAGGUCUGGAGUUCUAGCUGGAGUAGGGGAGGUAGUAAGACAGAGAGAGGUCUGGAGGUGUAGCUGGGGAAAGGGGAGGGUGACAGACAGAGGUCUGGAGGUGUAGCUGGAGUAGGGGAGGGCGACAGAGGUGUGGAGGUGUAGCUUAAGGGGAGGACGACAGAACAGUGUCGCGAGGGGGUGAACACGGAACGGCAGCGCGCGUGGCUGCUGGCAGCCGGGGAUGACCGGUGGGGCGGUGUAGUUCCGCACGGAGGCAGGAAGUGCUGUUGCGCGCCAAGGAGGGGCAGGUGUGUCGGCUGCAGCCAUGGACCCCGAGGAGGAGGAACGCAAGAAGAAGGAACUGCAGAAGGAACUGUUGUUCGAGCGCCGAGUGUUGUUCGCGUGCACGUGCAUGGUGGGUCUGGCCGCAGUGCUGUGGGUGGCAGCGAUCAGCACCAACUACUGGUUCGUCGUGGACGGCGGUGCCAAAGGUAUCUACGUGAAUGCCACGCGCCGCUUCUUCCUCAUGAGCCACUCGGGCUUGUGGAGGAUCUGCCGCAAGUCCAUGUUCCUGGGAGUGCCGGCGCCCGGCAGGCAGCCUGUCGACUCCAGCACCGUCACCGUCAUUGGAAAUGUCACUUUGCACACAAACUGCAAGAAUCACGAAAUGUUUCCUACGGACCAGAAACUGAAGAUGGAUCCGUCACUUGACAAAACAAUUCUCAAUUACAGCCGAACUGAAGUGUCUUUCGCCAUCAUUAGUCUGCUGCUAAUGUUUAUGGGGCUUAUCUUCUCGGUGUACACCUUCAGGAACCCUCGCUACAUGUUCAAGAGACUAGCAGGAGGAAUACAUUUCCUAGCAUGCGCCUCCGUGCUCGCCGUCAUAGAGGUGCUCAUCAACUCCGUAGACUACGAGCGCAAGAACCUGCCGUUCGUGUUCCCGGCAGGCGCCACGCAUCGCUGGGGCUACUCCAUCGUGCUGGCCUGGCUCGUGUUCAUCCUGCUGCUGGUGGCCGGGGCCGCCUUCAUGCUCUUCUCGCGCAAGCGCAAGGGCUCGCGCGCACCCACCGAGGAGAUCGCCAUGGCCGACGAGCCCACCAUCAUCGGCCGGUGAGGCCCGGCCUGGGCCCGCCCGUGUGUCUGUUACAGCCUGACACUUGGACUACAUUCACGGGACUAUCCUCUCUUAACAUCAGCUGAUGAGGCCUGUCCUGGGCCCCGCCAUUGGGAAAAGUGUCUGUUACCGCCCGACACUUGGACUACAUUCACGGGACUAUCCUCUCUUAACAUCAGCUGAUGAGGCCUGUCCUGGGCCCCGCCAUUGGGAAAAGUGUCUGUUACCGCCCGACACUUGGACUACAGUCACGGGACUAUCCCCUCUUAACAUCAUCAGUUGAUGAGGCCUGUCCUGGGCCCCGCCAUUGGGAAAAGUGUCUGUUACCGCCCGACACUUGGACUACAGUCACGGGACUAUCCCCUCUUAACAUCAUCAGUUGAUGAGGCCUGUCCUGGGCCCCGCCAUUGGGAACAGUGUCUGUUACCGCCCGACACUUGGACUACAUUCACGGGACUAUCCUCUCUUAACAUCAGCUGAUGAGGCCUGUCCUGGGCCCCGCCAUUGGGAAAAGUGUCUGUUACCGCCCGACACUUGGACUACAGUCACGGGACUAUCCCCUCUUAACAUCAUCAGUUGAUGAGGCCUGUCCUGGGCCCCGCCAUUGGGAACAGUGUCUGUUACUGCCCGACACUUGGACUACAGUCACGGGACUAUCCCCUCUUAACAUCACCAGCUGAUGAGGCCCGACCUGAACCCGCCCGUGUGGAACAGCGUCUGUUACAGCCUGACACUUGGACUACAGUCACGGGACCAUCCCCGCUCAACAUCACCAGCUGAUGAGGCCCGACCUGAACCCGCCCGUGUGGAACAGCGUCUGUUACAGCCUGACACUUGGACUACAGUCACGGGACCAUCCCCGCUCAACAUCACCAGCUUAUGAGGCCCGGCCUGGGCCCGCCUGUGGGAACAGUGCCUGUUACCGCCCGACACUUGGACCACAGUCGCAUGACAAUCCCCGCUCAACAUCACCAGCUUAUGAGGCCCGGCCUGGGCCCGCCUGUGGGAACAGUGCCUGUUACCGCCCGACACUUGGACCACAGUCGCGGGACCAUCCCCGCUCAGCAUCACCAGCUGAUGAGGCCCCGGCCUGGGCUCGUCCGUGUGACACAAUAUUUUCUGCCGCCCUACACUCGGACCACAUUCGCUGGUCCGUCCCCGCCAACGUACUUCGCCGUGUGGGCACGUCACUAACUAACUUAUUUAGUCAAGCAGGAAAUGGUUGUAGGUUGGCGAAAUUGUGAUUUCCACCGACAGUGCGGGUUUUUAUCCAAAUGUUUGUAUUAUUGGAAUAAUUAAAUAUCUUUUUAAGUGUAUAAUGAAAGGAUCCCUGAGAGAAAGAUCUUUUUUGUAAACAUUUUUAGGUAUCAAGAUAUUUUUUUUUUUGCUAUAACAAGAUAUAUAUUUAGACCAAAAAAUAUGUAUUUGUUUUUUAAUUAUGAUUAUUCUUUUUCUUAGUUAAAUAUUAAUUUUAAUUUACUUAAUCAUUUAUUUCAAGAAUAUUGUUUCCUACUAUAAAAUGUUUUGUAAAGACUUAAAAUCACUCUCUUAGUCAGUUUAUUAAAAUUGUUUGUAAGAAGCUGGCAAAAUAGAGAAUUCAGUCACAAUUUUAUACUUUUUCCAUAUCCAAGCAACCUUUGUAAUAGUGGCCUUUGUCAAGUCCACUGGUCUGCCAGUGUGUGAUUUUUCUUGUGAUUUUAAUAUUCAUACUCGCAUUGUUUUGAUAAUUUAAAAUUUAAUGCACGAGUAAAACUAUUUUUGGGAAAUGUAUGUUAUCUUGGGUUGGAAAAACAGCGCAUUUUUUACUUUGAGAAUGCACUUAGAUUAUACAUAAAAUAAAGGUUUCUCAGAUAUAAUUUGAGUAAAUACUUUCAGUGUUUUAAUUCUAGUAAAAGAGAAUUUUAGUGUUCAUAAAUAUAAAAAGUCAUAAUUUUUUUCAAUACAGUAAUCAUUCUAACUAAAUGCUAAUCGGAAAAUUAUCAAAACAUUUACUGUGGUUGUAUAGUCAUAGAUGUUAAGAAAGUUAUUUAUCUCUCAUUUGAAAGUAUUAGAGUUUUAUACGGAAUCUGUUUGAUUAUUUAUAAAUUUACAACAUUUUCAGAAAACGUCAAGGGAAAAAUACAUAUUUUUUUUAUUAAGUCAAUAUAUUUGAUUCCUGUUUUUUGUAAACAAUUAGAAAACAAUAUACCUUAUACCGUAAUACCGCACGACUUUUGUAAAUGUAAUAUUUCUCUUAAUAAAUUAAAAACCUUUGAAAUUAAUGCAUAGUGUCAACCUCGUAUAGGUAUAGAUAUCGUAUUCAUUUAAUUACUUAAUACUUCAAAUGUUUGGUAGCAUAGGUAUGUGUCUUUACUGCAGAAGUCUGAACCCAAUGUAAGGUUGUAGGCAAUCAAAUUAAAAUAUAUUGUUUAAAUAAUAUACAAAAUUUUGUAUAUAAUAUCGCUUUUCCUUACAAAUUUUCAAUCAAACAUUAAAGUUGUUUUUUUACAUUCUGUAAUUUCAAAAGUCUAAAUUUAUUUUGGUAUAUUUUAAUGAUCUGGCCAUUUAGUAUUCCGUUUUUGAAAUCUCCAGUAGACGGGAGAUGGAGAAUUUUUUUUAAAGUCAGACAUAGAUAAUUUUCUUCCUCUUAAAUACAUAGAACGCCAAGUGUGCAAAAUACAAUAUCCUGUUUAAAGUAAAUGAAAGAGAGACAGGGUGGUUUCUGAUACAUUAUGUGGACAGGUAACUGAGGUUGGCUAUUUUUAAAUCAGAUAAAGCAAUUCAAAUAGUAUAGAUUGGUUAAUCCUACACUAGGUUUCAGGGUGAGGUGCCAGGUACAACUCUGCCAUAUUGCAUUGUGUUUUCAUGGCGGUCAUCUUGAAUAACCUUAAUUUUGACUUUUGAAGAUGACCUAGACCUUCUAAGUUUUGCAAACAUUUGCAAAAAAUUCCUUAAUAUUUGUCAAAAUCUUCCCAAAAUCCAUAAAAAUGUCAUGUAUUUUUUGGAGAAAAAAAUCUACCAUAUCAAUUCAAAAAACUGAAAUAUAAAAAAUUUAUCUAUUUCAAGGAAAAAUUCCCAGUUUUGAGUGAAAGUUUCCUGUUAUGUAUCACAAAAGCCAAUUGUUUGAAAAUUUCGAAAAAUGGUUAAAUUCUCCGGCGACAAGCCGCUCAAAGCCGUCGAGGUCAUGACCUUGGCCACUAGAAAAUCAUGGCCACCAUCUUGAAUUAUGACGUAACCGUUUCCAUUUUCGUUAAGUCAACAAUCUUGAAAAUCUAUAUUUUUUAAACUGCAAAAUCGGGAAAUUAUUCAAAAAUUAAAAAAACAAAUUAACUAAGAAAGAUCAAAAUUAAAACCUCUGCGUCAUCUUGUGUUAUAUCAUAGCUUCCGUCAUAUUUAAAAUACGUAAUAUUAUCAUAUUUUAAUGGGAAAUAUUUAAAAUUUGUAAAAAAAUAUUAUUUUUUAAUUUUAAUAAAAACGCAAUUAAAUGAUGGCGUAUUCAAUUCGAACUCAGUGAAGGCAAAAUAAAAAAUAAAAAAAUAAAAACCUAUUAUUCCUUCACGGAACCGACCGAAAGACUGACCUCCUUCAACUAAUGCCAAGGUAGAUAUAUCGUCAGCUAGUAUGACACCGUGCCCGCCAUCUUGUUUUCGUCUGCUGAAUGCCGAAAUCUUGUAUUCGGCUCCCGGAGGCCGCCAACUUUUUUUUGUCUGCUGAAAGCCGCCACCAAUUAUUUUCCUGGAGGCUGCCAUCUUGUUUUCGUCUGCUAUGGGGUUCUACCACUUAGUUUAUUUUUUUACCUGCUAGAGUUUAGUAAUUAUUUAUUUCCAGAGCAUUCACAAUCUUUAAAUUUGCCCGCCAUCUUGAAUAUAUGUACCUAAUUGUUUAGCUAUAAAUUUGGCAAAAAAAUUAAUUUAAAAAAUCUGGAAUUAAUAUAUUGAUUGAUCCGAUCGAUAUCUGUUCUUGGUUAUAUUCUUGAUCGAUGCAAAAAAAAAGAUAAUUUUAUGAAAACAAUAAAAAUUUCAAAAAGAAAGGUGAAAAUUACUAAAUGAAGCUUAAAUUCCACUACAACAAGCCUCUAGCAAAUUGAACAUAGCAUAUUAAGUACCAUUUUGAAAUUUUGUAAAAAGUAACCUAGACAUUCAGGAAAAUUUUCAAAAUUAUCAAAAAAAUUAUCAUUAAUUUACUAAUUGAAUCCACCGAUUCCUCUACACGAUUCAAUUCUUGAUCGGUGCAAAAAUUUAUUAAAAUAAAAACAAGAAAUAAAUACAUUUCUAAGGAAAAAAAGAUAAAAUAAACGAAAAAUAUAUAAUAUAAAUCCUACACUACAACAGGAUAACUUGUUAAAGUUAGCAAUCUAGUAAUCUUUUAGUUCUGCAAUAGCUUGAACUGACUUACUCCCAGUAACAAACGGUUUACCGAAGAAAGAGACCAGCCAUAUAUAUUUCCUACAUAGUCCUCUUCUCCCUGACUGAGUUUCUAGAUACUGUGUUUAACAGACUUAUUUACAUUGUCGGAAUUGUAAAUGGGAUUAUUCACUGUCUUGAAUGCACACGUCUUCAAAUUUUCCUCAAACUGACAUGGUAAAAAAAUACACAGUCAAACCACAACAUAUGUUUUAAAGGCCCGUACGUUAAUACUUCAUCAGUAAGCUGAUUUAUAAUGUUUGCUUGAUAUUGUCAAGAAAAGUACACAUUUUUUGGCCUCCAACUGUCCUUAUAUGAAACAGUUAAAACCCGCCUUCCGGUCAAAUUGGAAGGGGGGUCCCGUCCCCGACUCACCCUGGGUAACUAUCAAUACAAAAAACAGGGAAAACCAAAAAAAGGUAAAUCGCUCCAAAAGUUGCAGCCGGGCGGUCGAGCUAUGAAAGGCAGAAUAAUUACGAACGUAUACAGCAAGACUGGCUCAUUUCAAAAAUCAAACAGAUUAAGGCUACUCAAAAUUUUAUUAUUAUAUCAUUUUCAAAAGAUUCAUAGACAAAAAAAUUAAAUUUUUAUAAAUAGCAAUUACCUGAACCAAAAUACUUAUAUAAUCAGAAAAUACAAAUACUAUAAAAAUACUAUAUAAUAAAAACAAUUAAUUAUAAAUGUUCCAAAAAGAGUCUUACUGGGAGCCGGAUUUAUACACGUGCACGACCAUGAAUAUUUGCACGUCUUGCUUCCAAGAAUCAAACAGCUGAUAACCGUGACCUUCACAAAAUGCGUUAAUAUAGUUCAGUCAAAUGUGCCAUGGAAAAUAUCACUCAAUCAGAACGGGGCGGCUGCACUAAAAAUGUUUUAGUUCUGAGGGCAAAUCUCGCAGGUAAACACAAUUUAAAUAAUAAAUCUCUUCAGGGCAUAACGGCAAUUUCUACACUCCACAUUUAUCAAAGUCCAGCAAAGUAGCAUUCACCCAUUUUAAUAACGGGAGGGUCUAAUCAAUAAGCUUGGACAAUUAUACGCAGUUCAUAUAAAAGUUCGCCUCGCAAAACUAUGCUUCUUUUUAAUAAUAUAUCUUCAUCCACAACCCGCUACUGCCAAAGCUAUGUGUCGCCGCUUUACCUUAGCGUAAAUUUCGAAUAUCUUACCGCUCUAGACGCCUCCGGGUAAGGCAAGGCCCCAUCUCAGCAGGCCCCGGCGAGGACUGGCCGGUGCUGAGUCGAAAAGCCGUGUUCCCUGCCUCGCGACACACGUCCGGUCGCGGCGACUCCCAAAACCAACAGACCGCGGCCCACAGUUCACUCCGGCCCCGCCGGCACUCGGGUGCUCAUGACGUCAUCGGUGAAUCGAACCCGUGCUCCCAGUAGCCGGCCAUGAAAACACAAUCGAUAUAUAUAUUGAAUAACAAUAAAACUAGAACGAAACCAAAUUAGAAUAUAACUAUAAAAGGAAAUAAUCACAAUAAUUAAAUAAUUAACCAAAAAAACAUUAAAUAAGAUUUUACAAAAAGGAAAUCAUUUAAAAUGGAAAUAAUUCGUAAAAUCAAUAACAACUAAAAUAAAUAAAUAAUAUAAACGAGGCCUGGGGGCCACACAGUUUUAGCUACAACUGCCUUCGGCAUCAUCAGUCUUUAGCUCCAACUGUCUUUGGCUCCAACAGUCUUUAGCUCUAAAUGUAUUUGGCUUUAAAAGUAUUAAGCUCCAACUGAAAUUUGCACCAACAGUGAUUAGCGCCAAAACGCAAUGCUCUAACAAAACAACUGCUCAAAGAGCUGCAAGUGCUCCAAAGCUCCAACUAUCCCAAGACCUCCAAUCCUUCAAAUGUUCCAAUUGGUCUAUAUCUUCAAGUGCUCAAAAUCUCUAAUUGCUCCAAAAGCUCCAACUAUUAAAAUUACUCCAAGGGCUCCAAAUGCUCUAAGUGUUACAACAGCUCCAAGUUCUCCAGAGCUUCAAGUGCUCUUAUGCUCCAAUUGCUCAAAAUGCUCUAAUAUUUCGAUUGCUCUAAUUGGCCAACAGCUCCAAGUGCUCCAAAGCUCCAAUUGCUCCAACAGCUCCAACUGCUUCAAUUGCUCCAAGGGCUCCAAUUGAUCUAAGCGCUCCUACAACUCCAAGAUUUCGAAGCUCCAAGUGCUUAAUUGCUCCAAUUACUCCGAAUACUCCUACAGUUCCAACUGCUCCUAUUAUUUCAAGUACUCCGAUAUA